ACACGAACGAAGGUACAAACAUGCGUGUAAUCCUUUGACUGUAAGCACGUUCUAUAGCAACAUGCAGUAGGACUUUAUCUCGGAGAUGCGGACUUGGAGCGAGGCAAGCCACAGUAGCGAUAUCGCCACUCCAUCUCUGAACUUCUCCUGGUCAGACUUUUGCCUCUGUACGCUCACAAUGCAAUCCAACGAUCAGAUUCUUACCUCAACCGCUCUCCGUUCUGUACUGACCUUCACGGUCUCUCUCGCACGCACAGCAGGUGUUCUCAUCCUCGAAGGCUCACAAGCGAUACAGGCUACCCCCGACGUAAACGAAAAGAAAAACUCAGUGGAUUUGGUGACAGAGUAUGAUGUCGCAGUGGAAGAGCUCGUGAAAAGCGAAAUCGCCAAGGCAUAUCCUCAUUUCAAGUUUAUUGGAGAAGAAUCUUAUUCUUCUGGUACUCGCCCAGAGUUGACGGAUGAGCCCACCUUCUGUGUUGACCCCAUCGAUGGAACAACAAACUUUGUCCAUGGCUUUCCGUUUGCCUGCAUAUCCCUUGGGCUCAUAUAUCAGAAAAGGCCUGUGAUGGGUGUCAUCUUCAAUCCAUUCUUAGAUCACCUGUAUACUGCUCUUGAAGGACAAGGCGCAUACCUGACUCGUGGGUCUAACCAACCCUUAAAGCUUCCCCUAUCGGCUCCGAAGCCUCUUCCUUCACUAUCAAAGGCACUGAUGGCUAUCGAAUGGGGUUCUGAUCGCGGCUCCGAGGCACUCACAGGAAAAUCGAAUUCAUUCCUUCGAUUGGCAGGUGAUCCAAAUGAUGGUAUCGCUGGAGGUCGCAUGGGACACUCGCUCCGCUCAAUGGGCAGUGCUGCCCUAAACUACUGCAUGGUAGCCCAAGGAGGGCUCGACAUGUAUUGGGAAAUCGGGUGCUGGCCAUGGGAUGUAUGCGCUGGCAUCGUCAUUGCUCAGGAAUCUGGUGGAGUCGUUACAGGCUCGCAUACAGCCUUUGCGAACUCUCAAGCAGAUCCCUUCAAAGUAACACCCGAGAUUUUGACAGGUCGAAAAUAUCUAGUGGUCCGUGCUAUCGCUGACACGCCUUCUGAGUCGGGUGGAGAUGCACAACUAAGGAUUGCAAGAGAAUUCUACGAGACUGUUGAGGAUGUUGAGCCACGAUAAAUAAAAGUGGAUGAGUAGAUAUUAUGAACCUGCCAGAGUUUGUACUGGAGGAACUGAUAAAGUGUACAUUGUCAAAUAGAUUAGAAGUAAAUGUCUAGAUUGAAUAACCUGUCGGCAGAAUUAUAGUCGCGAUACCCAGCCAAGACCGGAUUGAAGAAACUAUUUGGUUGCUUUAUCAAUGAGCAUCAACUCUCCUUCCUUCUACUAGCUUCCUCCACCUAUAGCCCGCUUUAAGAACUACUAUCGUACCAGUCGUAACUGUUGCAGAUGCAAGAGCAGGUCUCCAGGUAGGUUGGCCAACGAGAAGUGCUAACGCGUUGUAAAAUAUACAAAU